AUGGCUGGAAGGGUUCCAGUGGAGGUUGGCACACGAGGCACAGUAGGAUCGCUGCUGAAGAGGGAGAUUGAAUAUUUCAAAAGACUCGAAUUAGAUCGAUUUGAAAUGAGUUCUUUAAAAUCUGAGAGGCACAUUGGAGAAAUAGGAUCUGGUAGAGGCAACUCAUGGCCUGGUUUCAAGUUAUUCCCUUUAAAAUGGAGAAGGAAGAAGAGAAGGAACUGUGGAAUCCGGCCGAGCUUGUGCUCUAUGGUGGAGGUGGUGGAUGGCGGAGGAAUGAGUGAAAUUCCGGGGUUCAGUUACAGAAAUCUCAAAGCUGAUUCUAAAAGAUUUGAAGUGAAUAGCAGAAUUUGA